AUGCCGAUUAAUAACAAUGAUCCUGAUAAUAAUUAUUUUUUUGAUGACAACGGCCUUCCUAAUGAUGAUUAUUUUUCGGGUGACAACGACUUUCCUGAUGAUUAUUUUUCUGAUAAUAACUAUUUUUCUGACUAUGAAGGUAGGCAUAUAAAUAUGUCAAUGCUAUUGAUAUGGUGGUGUCCGUUUCACUGA